CCGACGCCCGCCUCCACCUCUAGGGAAAGUAAAGUGCUAAUUGCUCGAACUCGCCGGGCGAAGGAUGCACUUUCCAUUCUCUCCCUGUCGCCGUGUCCGGGCGCAUGUUCUUUCCGUCCUGGGUGCCUGUUUCUUCAGCUGCCAAGUGGAGCUACGCUGAGCUCUCUCGCCCCAAGCCUUGCCCCUUUCCCGGGUAUAAGCUUUAAGGAUGCGCCCGGGUGCCCCGGUCUCUCCAUUGUCCACGGACUGGAUGCAGCGCCGCGUUUGUCCGAAAGCGCGUGGUGCGGCUCCGGUCUGUCUCGAGUUAGGCUAGGCAAUCGCGUGACUCAGUUCCCGCCAGGCUGAAGCCCCUCCUUCCUGCUGGAUUAUUCAGUUUCUCAGUCUCCUACCUGGGAGAGUUUGGGAACUUAAGAGACAGCCGAGAAGCGCGCCAUAAAGGAGCCUCACCAAGCUCCACUGGGCGGAGGAGGCACUGGGAGCCCCUAACGCGGGACUGUUUGAAUUGGAUUAUAGGUGCGAGAUGGAGAAAGAAGGAUCUGCCGCCCGCACGCGCACACACACGCUUAACGAUAGCCCGCCACUGGCCAGCGCGCUCGCAAUCCCCAGGCAGCUGAUGCGUCGUCGAGAAAGAGACGAAACCAGGCGGGCGCCCCCACGUGGGGUAGGAGUGAGGCUCCAGGCCCGUUCCAUCCCUCUCAGCCUCGUCUAGGGUGCAGGUCACUGGGAUUAGGGGGGUUCCCUUUCUCCAGCAUUGGGACCUGCGCACUUCCAGCCCACAACUACCGCUCUCUGGCACUUCUCGGUGCCAGGCUACCGCUCAGCCCUAGCAUCUGCGUGGGCAAGCCCUUCCCUGUGAUCCCUGGUGACUACCCCACAUCUCUAACAACCCUGAUGAUCCCGCAGCGUUCUCCUUUCCCAGCUGACUUCUGGCGAUUCCCCGACAGGAUGAUACCCGGCAACUCUCACUGCCCCCUUGACCCUUUGACUUCCAUCAACCCCAGACCUGCCGCGGUGAACCCCACAGCCCCUAGACUGACUCCUGGUGAACUUCCAUAGGUCCUGUGUGACCUCUUACUGGAGAAGGCCUUCUAGUCUUGCACGCUCCUUUGCGGAGGCCUGACGACCCCUGGGGAAAAGUUGGGGGAGAGCGGAAGAAUGGAUUCGCUUCAAGAAUCAGGCAAGACCUGUCCUAAAGUAGAAAUGCGGAUCCUGAGCGUCCGCCCAGGCCGGGAGUGUGAAUUCUCGCGUCCUGGGCAGGGUUCUGGCGGCCCUCCCCCAAGGUUCCCGGCGCCGCCCUGGUCACGUGGACGGCGGGGCCGGCAGGUAACUCGCCUGGAGAGGGCGUGGGCCGGUAGCCGCCCCGCCCCACGGGGUGCCACGGGCGGGUAUCGGCAGCGCCCACUGAGCCAGCCCGGCCACAGGUGCCGCCCCCGACACACUAUGUCCCGCCCAAGCUGAUCCGCGUCUGCCGUCGGUCGGUGCGUGCGUGCGCCUCGUCGGUCCGCGUGUGUAUGGCCGAAAGCCCCUUUUCUCUGCGGCCAUGACUCCUCCGCCGCCCCCGCCCCCAGGCCCUGACCCCGCGGCCGACUCCGCUGUGGAUCCCUGCCCCGGACUUGGGUCACUGGUCGUCCUGUUUGGGGCUACGGCUGGUGCGCUGGGGCGGGACCUGGGCUCCGACGAGACCGACUUAAUCCUCCUAGUCUGGCAAGUGGUUGAGCCGCGGAGCCGCCAGGUGGGGACGCUGCACAAAUCUCUGGUUCGCGCCGAGGCGGCCGCACUGAGUCCGCAGUGCCGCGAGGCGAGCGGCCUGAGCGCCGACAGCCUGGCGCGGGCAGAGCCGCUGGACAAGGUGCUGCAGCAGUUCUCACAGCUGGUGAACGGGGAUGUGGCUCUGCUGGGCGGGGGCCCCUACGUGCUCUGCACUGAUGGGCAGCAGCUAUUGCGACAGGUCCUGCACCCAGAGGCCUCCAGGAAGAACCUGGUGCUCCCCGACACCUUCUUCUCCUUCUACAACCUCCGAAGAGAGUUCCAUAUGCAGCACCCAAGCACCUGCCCUGCCAGGGACCUCACUGUGGCCACCAUGGCGAAGGAUUUAGGACUGGAGACAGAUGCCACAGAGGAUGACUUUGGGGUCUGGGAAGUGAAGACAAUGGUAGCUGUUAUCCUCCAUCUACUCAAAGAGCCCAGCAGUCAAUUGUUUUCGAAGCCUGAGGUGAUAAAGCGGAAAUAUGAAACAGGGCCUUGCUCUGACACUGUGUCCUGCCCCUACAGCAGCAAGGCUGAUGUGGUGGACAGUGAGACUGUGGUACGGGCUCGUGGGUUGCCCUGGCAGUCAUCAGACCAGGACGUGGCUCGCUUCUUCAAAGGGCUCAAUGUGGCCAGGGGUGGUGUAGCGCUCUGCCUCAAUGCCCAGGGCCGCAGAAAUGGCGAGGCCCUCAUCCGCUUUGUGGACAGCGAGCAGCGGGACUUAGCGCUGCAGAGACACAAGCACCACAUGGGCGUCCGCUAUAUUGAGGUGUAUAAAGCGACAGGGGAGGAGUUCGUAAAGAUCGCAGGGGGCACAUCACUAGAGGUGGCUCGUUUCUUGUCACGGGAAGACCAAGUGAUCCUGCGGCUGCGGGGACUGCCCUUCUCGGCUGGGCCAACAGAUGUGCUAGGCUUCCUGGGGCCAGAGUGCCCAGUGACUGGGGGUGCCGAAGGGCUGCUCUUUGUGCGCCACCCUGACGGCCGGCCGACUGGUGAUGCCUUUGCUCUCUUUGCUUGUGAGGAGCUGGCACAGGCUGCACUGCGCAGGCACAAGGGCAUGCUGGGUAAGCGAUACAUCGAACUCUUCCGGAGCACUGCAGCGGAGGUGCAGCAGGUCCUGAACCGCUAUGCAUCUGGCCCACUCCUUCCCACACUGACUGCCCCACUGCUGCCCAUCCCCUUCGCACUGGCAGCUGGGACCGGGAGGGAUUGUGUUCGCCUCCGAGGCCUGCCCUACACAGCCACUAUUGAAGACAUCCUGAGUUUUCUCGGGGAGGCAGCAGCUGACAUCCAGCCCCACGGUGUGCACAUGGUGCUCAACCAGCAGGGCCGGCCAUCGGGUGAUGCCUUCAUCCAGAUGACAUCAGCAGAGCGAGCCCUAGCUGCUGCUCAGCGUUGCCAUAAGAAGGUGAUGAAGGAGCGCUACGUGGAGGUGGUCCCCUGUUCCACAGAGGAGAUGAGCCGUGUGCUGAUGGGGGGCACCUUGGGCCGCAGUGGCAUGUCCCCUCCGCCCUGCAAGCUGCCCUGCCUCUCACCACCUACCUACGCCACCUUCCAAGCCACCCCAACCCUCAUUCCCACGGAGACAGCAGCUCUAUACCCAUCUUCAGCACUGCUCCCGGCUGCCAGGGUGCCUGCUGCCCCCACCCCUGUUGCCUACUACCCAGGUCCAGCCACUCAACUCUACCUGAACUACACAGCCUACUACCCAAGCCCUCCAGUCUCCCCCACCACUGUGGGCUACCUCACCACACCCACUGCUGCCCUGGCCUCUGCUCCCACCUCAGUGUUAUCCCAGCCAGGAGCCUUGGUCCGCAUGCCGGGUAUGCCAUACACAGCUGGUAUGAAGGAUCUGCUCAGCGUCUUCCAGGCCUACCAGCUAGCCCCUGAUGAGUACACCAGUCUGAUGCCUCUUGGGGACCCACCUCGCACUGUGUUGCAAACCUCCAAGGAAUGGGUGUGUUUGUAGAAGAGGAAGCCAGGAGGUAAGAGCCAGCUGAUAUCCUCAGCAAACAUGUCUCUCCUGCGUCCAGAAACCAGCGCCCUCAACCCGGUAGCUUCUUUCUGGCUUGUCAAAGCUCUCAGAAGGUACCUAGAGGAGCCCAAAGCCCCAGCUCGGUCCUCCACUUUUUCUUCUGCCUGUUUACCCUAAAGACAAUGGCUGGACCAUGCAUGCAGGGCUGGGGGUGGAAUGGGGUAACCAGCUCCUGAUGGCCUGAGCCAGGCGUUCUGACUGGCACCUGGAGAGCCCUUUGGUCUGUCCUGGCUGUGGCCCAUGAUGACAGAUAUCGUGGGGCUGACAGGUCCACGGCAGGCUUGCUUUGUUUUUUAAAAUAGAAGCUCUGGUACCUUCAAGUAUGACUCUUGGGAGAAUGAAGGGUCCAUCUGAACCUCUGAGUAAAGAUCCCAAUGUUCUACCUCCCCCUGUCCCUCUCAUGGGGGAUGGGGAGGCAGAGAGAGCCAGCCCCUACCCUCAGGGUAUCUGGACCUCAGAGACCAUGUUGUGCCAGGGGUGGUCCCACCUAAAGAUGCUAGCUCCUCUCUGGGUGAGCCUAAGGAGUAACAGAUGGCAAAACCACAAACUAUUUUGAUGGACUGUACUGCAGUAUCCCCAGAAGACAUUAGGGGGCAGGAGGCCCCCACACAAAAACUCAGGCUUGAUUUUUUAAAGGGGACUUUCUGCCAACUUUUCUUGUAUGCUUUGGGAAAGCCAGUUGCCCUGAACCCAGCAGACACCAUGGAAUGUCCUUUGCAUGCAUUAAGUGGUACAGAACUAAAGCCUCAGAAGCAAUUUGGAACUCUGUCUUCUCUUCCAUAAAAUGAAAAGUUACUGAUCAAAUGGACUUUUUAAAAGCCACAGGACCCUUCGCAUUGCCCCCAGAGUGAGGGGCUCCACACCAGCCCCAGGCGGAGGAACACUCAGACAGAUUUAAGAAGACUGUUGGCCUGUUACCAUUUAUUAUUUCAGCACUAAAACUGAGGAGCCUGAACUGCUGGCUCUUCUUCCCUUUGCAUUUGUGUAAGGAGCACUGUACUCCCAUAAAAGGUUUUAAAAUACAAAAUGUACAAGAACACACAAUUCCAAGUGCUGUAAACAUAACUGAGAACCAGUUCCUUUACUAAACAUCCAUUUUAUAAAAUACAAGGUUUCAAAUUGAACCCAUCUGAGCCUUAAAGAUCCAUCCAUUCUAAAUACCAAAAACAGAGCUUCACGGCCAGUUCCAAAAGAGGUCUGUUGAUAACAGCUGGCCCUGGGUGGGGGUAGUUUACACCUGGGCAGCAGCACCACACAUGAACCCAAAGACAUGCUCCUUUUAAAGCUGUUUUUAGCCAUGUUUCUCUGUGCAUCUCCAGUAAGCAGAAGGCUACUCAUUUCAUUCCUCAACCUGAGAGCUAGCACAGAUUAGAGUAGGAAAGGGUGCGUGCUAGCACGUGCCCAGUUGCUCAGUGCUGCUAUUAGAAAUUGAUUUGCAUAGUCUAAUGGAUGUGUGCUUUAAAACCACUAUGUUGCACAAAAAUUUAAGUCUUUAUCUACAAAGCCAAAAAAUACUCUUACACCAAAGCUUUUACAAAGCUGAUAUAAAACUGCUUACAUAGUAUACAAAGCUCUAUUUUAAAAUUUAACGUUUAUUUUAAAUAGGAAAGCAUUUCUAGUGCUACAGGCAUCAAGGUAUUUAGAAGGCAUCAAAAUUUGGUGCAUAGCAACUCUGGAUCAUAGAGGCUUUUAAUUCUUGAGGGCAGCAAAGCUUCCCCAAAGGGUAUUGCAAGGGAAGCUCUUGCAAUUACCCCAUGUGAGGCAGCUACACCAGGGGGCAAAAGGGUAGAGGCAAGUCUGGCCAUUUCUGUGGAACAUCACCCAAGGGGCCAACUUCCUGCCCCUCCAAAGGAAGCUGUGGGCUUCCAACCACAGACCCAGAAGUAAAUCUCACUAUUGACAUUCUGUGACAUGACUCACUUUUCAAGAAAAUUUGAAAAUACCCAGCUCCAAGAGGGGCCACAGUGAUCUGCUGAAGAAUAGACCUUUUUCUCUAACUAGUUUUAGGGGAGAAUCUAAAAUAUAUUGUGUUUUUUUAAAAGACCAUACUUCCUCAUCCUGAGUCAACAGCUCCUACCCUACUGACAACAGGUGGUAGGCAAUAGGCCAGCUCCCUUUCCCAGGCCUGAAUUGGCCUCAGUAGAGAAUCCUAGCAUUAAGGGCCUGCAGUCUCCUGGAGUAACAGCAUCAGGCCUUCAACCAGCAUACUGUCUCACAUAUAGGCACUCAAAAAAUCUGCUUCCUGGGCCAGGUGCGGUAGCUCACACCUGUAAUCCCAGCACUUUGGGAGACCAAGGCGGGUGGAUCACCUGAGGUCAGGAGUUCGAGACCAGCCUGGCAAAUAUGGUGAAAACCUGUCUCUACUAAAAAUACAAAAUUAGCCAGGCAUGGUGGCAUGCCCCUGUAGGCCCAGCUACUUGAAAGCCUGAGGCAGAAGAAUUGCUUGAGCCUGGGAGCAGAGGUUGCAGUGAACUGAGAUUGUGCCACUACACUCCAGCCUGGGUAACACAGUGAGACUGUUUCAAAAAAAAAAAAAAAAUCUGCUUCCUGAAUCAAUGGAAGUAUAUAAUUUCAUUUGAAAACAUACUGCAAACUUCAGAGCUCUGUAAUGGGCCUAGGAACUGGUAAAAGAUCCCAUUGGGGAGAGGGGUAAAGGCAGGUUUUUUUUUUUUUUUUUUUUUUUUUUUUUGAGUACCCAACUUGGGCACCUCCUUUGGUAGAUAGCAGGCUGGAGUUUCUGCUGGGCCCUGCCUUGGACAUGAGUCUCACCAGCAGCAGCACCAGGGUGUCUUUGGUGUGGAGGGUCAGGUUAUCACUUUUGGAUGUGCUCAGAGCCUUCUGGGGAAAAGGCUGGUUUUAAGAUCAUACAGACAGGACAGGGUAGGCCAGAAUCAUUUCAGGCUAUAAACAGAAUGGCAGAUAAGCCUUCCAUACCAGUGUGACUCUUAAAACCUUCCCAUCUGGAGUCUUGCAUUUUCUCUGCCCAUGCUGAUGUACAGCUCAUUUGUGCUUUAGCUCUGCACACAAUCUGACCUCUACAGAAGAGUUAGAAAUGCAAAGCUGCCUAAACCACUGGGAGACUGGCUUCAAAGGUCACAAACAGCCAAAGGCUCCUGUUUGGAAAAGGUUCUAGGACCAGAGGACACAAAUAGGAAGAGCACUCCACAGCCUAUUAGUUUUUAUGAUGGCAAGAAAUGAAAGUGACCAAGCUAAAACCCCACCGUUUAGAGUCACCUUACAUGUAGCCAUCUUACCAAGGGUCCUGAGGGAAAAAGCAGUAUGAACAUGGAGCCAGUAUGGAAAGACUGCAAUAAGAUUACCUAGAAAGUUACCAAAAGGCUAUGCUCUGGAAUGUCUUUUUAUAUUCCAACACUUCAAUGAUGGAAUGGUCUCUUCUCAUUUUAUCUAACAACAGUUUAGUUUAUAAAGAGGUAUGAGCUAUAUUUGGCUUUGUUUCCUAUAAAUCUAUGAAAGUCUUUAGGACACAUGCUGACUUUGUGAGGCAUAGGUGUAGGCUUGGGAUAAUGUGGUUUUUUUUUUUUCUUCCUUUUUUUUUUUGCUUCUGGAUGGUCUUAUCAAAAGUUCCCAUUUUAAAAAUUAUCAUAAAAACUAAAGGGCCCUUCAAAUGACCAUAAAGUGGUACAAAUCACCAAUCCUAGCUAAGUAACCAGGUCACCUGCAAAAGCAGCACCUCAGAAAUAAAGAGCCUGCUGCAUUCACACUCAAAGCACCCAUCAUAUAAAAGUAUCCUAGUUAAAUAUAAAAAGCAAAGCUCAUUUCCCCAAAGCUCAAACAGCCUAUGCUGCUCCUGUUCUUUUACAAAAUCUAACCAAGGCGUGAGGUGGAAGAACACUGCUUUCCCCACAAAUGGUGAGUCCCACUCCUGGUGCCAGACCUGAAGGCUGCAGAGUUGGAAACCCAAGGUCCAAGGAGAGAAACAUGCUGAGAAGUUGGUGGUAGACACAAGGCUGCAGUGAGCACUGUUAGAGCCCGUCGGAUCUUCCUAAAUCCAGGGACUCAGAACUCCGGAGGGGAGCCUGCCUGCUCACUCCUGCUCCUUGGGAAACAGAAAUCUGGGACAUAUCUCUCCCAAUUAUCUCGUUCACUGAAAAACAAGAAAAGGAAGAGUGAUUAGUGACCUAUGAGCGACUAGCCAUAUGAUGCCCAAUGCUGAGCUCUGCCUCGGAUAUUUCCCUUCCCCUGGCUUUCUGUAAAGAUGAAAGCAGUGUCUGAAGCCCGCUCCCGAGCUGAGUGGCAUUAGAGAUGGAAACAUCACUCCACAAGCUGCUCCGCACCUCUUUUUCUCUCCCUCUCAUUCAGUUCAUUGUGGGUUAGGAAGGGGGCUUACACUUCACUCUAAAGGUACUUUUAAAUAAGUACUCACCUUACUCUAACUUUAAUUGUAUCUCUGUGGGAAAGUUUUUAUUUUCUGCAAUGCCACCUCCUAUGUAAACUGAAUGAAAAUAAAUGCUUUGGUUAGAAUAAA